AUGCGCUUCACUGCUUCUGCCUCCCUCCUUUCUUUCCUGCCGGUGCUGGUAUCGGCAUGGGGCGCGCCGAGCUACGGCGGCUACAAUCUUGUGUGGUCUGACUCCUUUGCCGGCAGCGGCGGCAACCUGCCGAACCAGAACAACUGGAACAUCAUCGAUGGAUAUCUGAACGUCAACGGCGAGCUCGAGACGUACCGGGCUACGAGCAAGCAGGUUCAGACUAGCGGCGGCAACACUCUGCAGAUAGUCCCAUGGCGGGACGGCUCCAGCUGGACGUCCGGGCGCAUCGAAUCCAAGUACACCUUCAGCCCGCAGGCCGGAAAGCGUACCAUGGCCGAGGCCCUGAUCCGGUUCGGGGGCAACGAUAUUAGCACCAAGCAGGGCAUCUGGCCGGCGUUCUGGCUUCUGGGCGACUCGUUGCGCCAUGGCACAGGCUGGCCUGCCUGUGGCGAGCUGGACAUCAUGGAAAGCGUCAAUGGUAGACUGACGGGCUAUGGUACUAUGCACUGCGACACCUACCCUGGUGGGAUUUGCAACGAGCCAAAUGGCCGCGGCGGAAACAUCGGCAUUCCCAGCCAGGACUGGCAAACCUGGCGCAUUGUCUGGGACCGCACCCCGUCUGCCUGGCAAUCUCAGACAAUCACGUGGUUUCUCAACGGCCAGCAGUACUGGCAGAUCCGCGGGUCCGACAUCAACAACCAGAAUGUGUGGAACACCGUCGCCAACAACCCCAUGUACUUCAUCCUGAAUGUUGCCGUUGGUGGCAGCUGGCCCGGAUAUCCCAACGGCGCCACUCUCGACGGCUACGGCGCCAUGAUGGAGAUCGCUUACGUGGCUCACUACUCGUCAUGA